AUGGAACACUCUGUAUGGAUUCCUGGCGUCCCUGUGUCGUGUAAGUUCGAGCCAACCAAGAUGACACGUUUAGAAGAAACGUCCGUAGCUAGCUCCAGCACAGGGCAGCAGCUGGUUCAGCAUACAGCUGCAGACACACCCAGUCAUGAUGAUCCAUUUGCUAUUUUCCAGAGCAAAGCACUAGAGCUUGAGCAUGACAAUGACCAGUGGGGAAACAAGAUGCAUAGGUACCCUGCAAGCAUUCGAGAACUCGGCUACCGUUACACAGUUCCGACGAUCGUGUCUAUCGGGCCAUACCACCAUGGCCUAGACCACCUCAAGAAGGCGGAGGAGGCGAAGCAUGUGGCCGCCUACAGCUGCAUCAAGCACGCAGGCCUCUCAGUCCAAGAGAUGUAUGAUGCGGUCGUCUCAGCCGCAGUCGCAGGAGAGGCCCGCAGGCUCUACGACAAGGACACAAUGAUAGGUACCGAGGAUGACAACUUCCUGCCUAUGAUGUUUUAUGAUGCUUGCUUCUUGGUGCAGUUCAUGUUUUGGAUGGCCAGCGAAAAAGGCACGAUGCAGAUGCACCCGUGGUUGGACUUUUUUCUCAAGUCCAACAAGGGUGACAUCUUUCAUGACAUCAUGCUUCUUGAGAACCAGCUCCCCUGGGUGGUGGUUGAAACCCUCGCGAGGUUCACGUCCGUGAACUUGGAGAAUUUCGCUAAAGGUUUCAAACUGCACAACAUCCCCUCCCACACUCCGCUAAUGGAUGAUCUCGAAGCCAAAUCUUGUGCCGUUCAUGAUUCUACUGCUCCGUACAAUCCGCCGCAUCUCCUUGGCUACGUCCGAUUCUAUAUUGUAGGGACAAACAAAUCCCAGAUGUACCAACCACACAAAGAAGCCAAAGUGGUAUCAUUUUCUCUUGGUGCCAUUGAGCUUACAGCAAUGGGCAUCAAGCUCGCACCCAGCAAAACCACGGAACUCGCGGACAUGGGCUUCAAGGAAGGGAGCUUCUCUGCCGAGCUCUUCCUGCCGCCCAUAGUACUGACAUAUUCGCGUGCAAGCUACCUCUUCAACAUGGCAGCUUUCGAGAUGACCUCAAAGCUUCGACCUGGCCAUGGAGAAGAUAGUGCAGUCUGCUCGUAUAUCCAGCUCCUCAGCAUGCUAAUGGAUAGGGAGGAGGAUGUGCAGGAGCUACGAUCCAGGGGUCUCCUGCCAGGAGGAGGAGGACUCACCGACAAGGAGACGCUCGACUUCUUUUUUUUUUUGCGAACGAGAUAUAUUGAUUAA